AUGGAAUUUUCUGAAUUUGGAAUCACGCUUCAGAGUUUUUUCUACAGGAGGAAAAGAAAUGACUUCUCCAAGGGUGUUGCAAUGUUUGAUAUUUCUAAUUAUGGACGAAGAGUUGAUCAUCAUAGAGAUAUGCGUAUGGAUAUCGAUCAUAUGUCUUAUGAGGAGCUUCUUGCAUUAGGUGAGCAGAUUGGGAAUGCUGGAUCGGGGUUAUCAGAGGAUUUUAUUUCAGGUUAUUUGAAAACAAGGGUAUUUAUGUCUUCUAAGUUGGAAGUUGUUUCAUCUGCUGAUCAAGAACUUAGUUUCUGCAUAAUUUGUCUGAUGGUUGUUGAUAAAUUUAAGUUUUUCUUUCUUUAG